AUGUCCGACUCCACGCCCCUCCCCAGCGACGAUCAGAUCAAGGCGUUCUUUGCAGACGACUCGUCCUUCGGUCGAUUUGUCGAGUUCAUGGAGGUCUACCUCUACAGCCGCCGCAUCACUGUCUCCGCCUGCAAAGCCGCCAUCACGGCCGCCGGCUUCGUCAACCCGUCUGAGUUCCCAAGCCCAGCCUCCGUGUUCUUCGCCGACGAAUCAGUCGAGGAACACCGUACCGACCCCGUCCGCAACGACGUCCACAUGCAACUCAUCGACUCUUCUCACCCUGGCCCGACGACAUUCCGCUGGCUCCUUACCCAGCACAACCCAACCCAAAGCACCAGGCUCAACCUCCAUGCGCUUACGUCCGUGUUGGCAACGCUACCGUCCUUCUCACGGUGA